AUGGCUGCUACUGAACAACCCUACGACCCUUAUAUUCCCUCCGGUUCCGCUGGAGCGCCCGCCACCGGCCAGAAUGGCAACCAGCGAACCGCCGCUUUGCAAGCACAAAUCGAUGAUACCGUCGGUGUGAUGCGCGAAAACAUCAACAAGGUCUCCCAACGUGGUGAGAACUUGGAUUCUCUCCAGGACAAGACCGAUAAUCUCGCUGUCUCAGCCCAGGGCUUCCGCCGAGGCGCCAAUCGCGUUCGCAAAGACAUGUGGUGGAAGGACAUGAAGAUGCGCGUGUGUCUAGUCAUCUGCGUGAUUGUCCUUCUGAUUGUCAUUAUCGUGCCGGCCGUGGUUGCUACCAAGCACUAA